AUGCAAACCAUGCGAUCAUGGGUUGGCUUUCCCAAGACCUGCCCAUAUAUCGGGUUUAUGGCCAAAAAUGUGUUGAAAACUGGAUACAUGAUCAUCAGUUUUGUGAGGAACGGUCAAAUGCUCUCCAAUACCUGGGCAGAUCACCUCCUGAGCGACAAGAUACGAAGGCAGACUCUUUUCGGUGAUAUUGCGAAUAUCAUGCUUUCACUCAAUCGCGUAAAACUACCCCGAAUCGGAUCUUUGACUUUGGACGAUGAUGGCCUGAUUGAGUUGAAAAAUCGACCCCUAACAUUACGGCUCCAAACAUUCGAAAAUGAAGGUAUCCCCACGAUACCAAGAAAUUCUACAUACCAGUCCGUGGAGCCUUAUAUUUUGGAUCUUUUGCAGCUCCACGACAAUCGCAUCCAUCAUCAACCAAAUGCUAUUCACAAUCUGAAAGACGGCCAGGAACAAUUCGCGGCUCUAACCAUGAUGCGUGCUCUCUUGCCUCAAUUCAUUUCCCGUCAAUAUCGCGAUGGGCCAUUUGGGCUUACACUAACGGAUCUCCACGCAAGCAAUAUUUUCGUUGAUGAAAAUUGGCACAUUACGUCUUUGAUUGACUUGGAAUGGGCAUGUUCUUCUCCAAUUGAGUUACAAACACCGCCUUACUGGUUGACUCGUCGAUCUAUUGAUGAUAUUCCACACGGGGAACAUCUCGAAACGUUCCAAGAAGUCAUGACUGAAUUCAUAAAUGCCUUUGAAGAACAGGAAAAAGGUCUGCAGACUUCAGAUGCUUCUCAGGCCGAUAUCAUACGAAAAUUCUGGGAAAGAGGUAGCUUCUGGUACAUUCACGCUGUCCAUAGCCCAAAAGGUCUCCUCCGGGUAUUCAAUGAGCAUGUCCAACGCAUGUUCUGUGAGGAGCAUUGUACCCAGCCAGUGUUUGAUCGGACUGUCAGUCCAUAUUGGUCUGUGGGGGCUGAAAAAUUCAUCGAAACGAAGGUGGAGCAAGAAGCAGAGUUUAAGGAUCGAAUUAGGAAGCGGUUUGGUGAAGUUGAUCAAGAAGGCUGA